CAUACUGGGACUUGUUGCCAGUUUCCAGAGUUUCGUCCACUUCCGACCCUCAUCCGAUUUAGUUCUUAACAAUUUAAGAACUUUACUAUAUUCUAGUAAAUUAUUUGUUAUUUUUUUACAAGAACCCUGACCCCCACCUCUUCGUUGACUAGAGCCGCAAUAGUUUCCAAAUUUUGUAAUCGUUCGCGUUCACCCACUUGGCUCUCAAAGCCGCCGGAACCACCGUCAACUGUAACCAGCGCCUCCGCCAAGGAUCUCAGAAGUUGUUCCAGUCGAUCUCCUCAAAGGACAGGGCAGCAUGGAGCAGCUGUUUGAUUUCCAGGGACACCGAAUGUCCCUGGGACUGCUCCAGAGCUCAGGACAUAUUAUACUCAGUCCCAAUCCCAGUCCGAGUCCCAGCCCAAAUCCCAGUUCGUGUUCCGGGGAGUACUCCCUUAAUCCGAAUGCUGUGGAGUUUGUGCCGUCAUACCGAAUGACUGCCCACUACCCGGUGGGACCGGAGAUAGUACCAACGGAGACCAAGACGGAGGCCACAUCGACCACCACACUGGUGCAUCCUGUGGAGAUUGUCGGAGAUACAGUUGAUCAAGUGGAGAACGGGUUCUAUGUCCAGCGUCAGAUCUUUGAGAUUCUGAGCCAGCUGGGAGACGAACAGAUGCCGCUGGAGAAGGUUGCGGUGGGUCUGCUGCCCGGUGGCCAGGGCCUGAGCAUGAGAUUCACCCCCAAGCAGGGUCAAGCAACUUUGGUGUCGUCUUUGGAGCCGAACGAUGCUAUGUUUCGCGAGAGUCACAGCCUUCAUCUGGAUGUGGGGGAUCAUCAGGGGGAAAACAGUCUGGCCAACCGACCGGAGAGCGUGCUGGUGGCCCAGUUCCUUAUCCGGGUCAAUGAUUUACUGAACGAGAAGUACGAGUAUGGCGGCGACAACUCCGUCUGCCCCAAGUGCGCUCUAUGCUCCAAUCGCAGCUACACGGAGCUGGAAAUCGAGCAACAGAUCGAGGGCAUCAAAGCCUUCGAGAGCUUCUUCAAUUUUACGGAAACCACUCGCUAUCAGGAUUUGGUUUCCCACAAGGCCUUCAAGGAGCUUUGCCACCGGCUCGGCUUGAUUGUCAGCCGUGAUCAGAUACACAUAAAUCGGUCCAAUGACGGAGGAAUGGCAAACACUAAUGCAACAUCCGAUAUGGUAAACCCCAACACCACCUCUAACAGCACAACAAACGGGAUGCCCCCGGCACCCAUGCCCUCAGCACAGCCAUCGGUUAUAACCAUAGGAAACAUAUCGAUCACCACCAGUGGCGUGGAAACGGAAAUGGAAAUGGAGACAGAUGUCGAGGCCUAUGCCGGCGACGAUGAGUCUCAAUCGAAUGGGGAGGAGGUAACUCCUAGGGGCAGUGGCUCCCACAACUCUCAUAACUUGGAGUUCGUGCGAGGAAAACUAUACAGAUACGAAAAUUCUGAAGGGUCACAGCUGGUAAACCAGCUCACAGAGGGCGAUACCGACAAGGUGGACUCCACUAUGGAUAUGGAAACAGACGCUCCACCCACCACGCCGGCCAAGUCCCUGACCACUACAAGUGCGACGAAAACUUUCCCCCGGCUCUACAAGUCGGCGAAGGCCAAGUGCUCGGCCCGAGGAUCAGGCCAAAGCAGUCUCCAGAGCGGAGGGAGCACAGCACGCCGGACCAUAGCACACAAUCGGUCCGUGGUUUCGUCUGCCCUGACCUCUGGCUCAACGGGUGCUCAACGUGGGCGACCUCCGGUGUCCGGCAGCCAUAACUCGACUACGGGCGCUGUCCGAAAACACCAGCCGGAGGCCACGUCCUGUCCGCCCGGAGCCGCUCGCAAGACGCACCACCAAAGGAUGCCUCCAGCGACGGCACUGGCCUUUCAACAGGACGAGACCAUGGCAGCCGCUGUGUCCGGUCGCUUGUCAAAGUCGGGAAGAGCAGGGACCUCUGUGCAGAAGCAAACUUCAAGCCAUCUCAAGACUAGCAAGGGAACAGGCGGUAGUCGACUGGGCGUUACCAGUUCGAAACAAACCCAUGGAACUUCUCAACGAAUGGUUCCCAGGAGCACCACUACAUCGCUAAUGCGACAAACUGAAGUUAAGCGGCGCAUGAACUUGAUGCGCGGCGACAGCGAUUCGGAUUUGCUCUUCAAUGACUACCUAUUCAAGUGAUUUGCAGAUUGCCAUCGGUAUCGAUGGCAUGCAUGUGGUUUCGUUUCAGCUUUCAAAUAGUAAUUUUCACUAAUCAAAAUAAAUCGGAAAACAAAUUGUGUUGCUGAA